GAAACCCAUCUCUACUAAAAACACAAAAAUACGGGAGGCUGAGGCAGGAGAAUUGCCUGAACCUAGGAGGUGGAGGUCGCGGUGAGCCGAGAUUGUGCCAUUGCACUCCAGCCUGGGUAACGAGCGAAACGCUGGUCCCCUGGAAACCCUGCGCCCCCAAAUCGCGGUUCGCAGCGCGCGUCAGAAGCCAGUCACCUUUGAGGAUGUGGCAGUGAAUUUCACCCAGGAAGAGUGGGACUGUCUAGAUGCCAGCCAGAGGGUCCUUUACCAGGAUGUUAUGUCGGAAACCUUUAAGAACCUAGCAUCUGUGGGUAAGAGGCUGGGCUUCCCUCAGCAAGCUCCCUGUUCCUAACGGCCCCGGAACAUGUUUUCCCUGGACAGCCAGAAUGUUUCUGCAUAAGCCAGAGCUAAUCACCAAGCUUGAGCACCAAGAGAAACAGUGGAGAGUGUUUCUCCAGCUCCCAAACACAGAAGGCCUUUCAGAAGGCAAGAAGAAAGAGCUUCGAGAACAAGAUCAGUGAGAUGAAGGAACUAGUGAGGACAAGGUCUUCCUCACAUGCAGAGGGGCCCUCUCUGCCCCAGCUGGGUGUAUGGACAGGACCCGGGUGCUUCAAGCAUCACGGGGUGGGCCACCUUUUUUUGCCACACCUGUGGCAAGUGGCAGUAGGCGCUCCUACCUCUGCAGCCACCAGUUUGUUCACAAUCCCAAGCGGACUAAUAGCUGCAGCCAGUGUGGGAAGCUGUUUCGGAGUCCCAGGUCCCUCAGCUAUCACAGACACAUGCAUCUUGGGGAGAGGCCCUUCUGUUGCACGCUCUGUGACAAGACCUACUGUGAUGCUUCUGGUCUAAGUCGUCACCGCCGCGUCCAUCUGGGUUACCGUCCCCAUUCAUGUUCCAUGUGUGGGAAGAGCUUCCGCGACCAGUCUGAGCUCAAACGCCACCAGAGGACACACCAAAACCAGGAGCCAGUGGAUGGAAACCAAGAGUAUACUUUGAGGACUCCAGGCACCCCUGCUGAAUUCCGGACACCCAUCACCAGAAGCCAGAGGUCCACCCAGGGGCUUGUGGACAUGGACCAUGCACCAGGGGCCAGGUCCCAGGAAUCCAUAUUUAGAACUGAGGGUCCUAUGGUCCAGAACCAGCCAUCUGUACUUAAGAACCAAGUGCCUGUGACCAGGACCCAGGCACCAAUCCCUGGAACCCCUUGUCAGGAUGACAGAUCCAAUUCUUAUCCAGUGAAGCCCUCAAGACUCAAUGUCUUCUCUUGCCCCCAUUGUCCUUUGACUUUUAGCAAGAAAUCCUAUCUCUCCAGCCACCAGAAGACCCACCUCACAGAGCCACCCAACUACUGCUUCCAUUGCAGCAAGUCUUUCAGCUCAUUUUCCAAGCUGGUCAGACACCAGCAGCAGACCCACUGGAAGCAGAAGAGCUACCGUUGCCCUAUCUGCGACCUCUGCUUUAGGGAGAAAGAGGGCCUUAUGGGUCACUGGAGGGACUCUAAAGGCAAGGAACUGUGCCCAGACAGCCACGGUAAAUGCCGGGUGAUCCUGGGCCAGUGGCUUCGCUUCUCUCAUGAUGCCCUCACUGUGGCUGGGGAAGAACGGAAGCAUGGAGGUGAUGGGUCUCCCCCCAGGAUCCACACCCCCAGGAGAAGAGGCCUAACGGAGAAGGCAUGCAAAGGAGACAAAACAAAGGAGGCAGUGAGCAUUUUGAAACAUAAAUAAACGGCCUUUCCGACUGAG